CAUACAGUACAGUAGUGUUACUGUCAUUCAAUGUUUUACUGUAUUUAUUGUAUUAUUUUAGACUAAAAUUUUUAGUUUAAUUGAUAUAAUAGUGUCGUCGACUAUAUCGUCAAUAAAGUGCAUAAUUAUUGCAAUCAAUUGAAAUCAUUUGAUUAAUACAUUGAAAAUAAGCAAAAAAUAUCUAUUUUAAGGACACAUUUAACGGAUUGAAAAAUAAAAUGUUGACAAAUAAGUUAUCAAAAGUGUUGACCCGAGCGGCCAAAUGUAGGUUAAACACGGCAUCAGUUGUGACUCCGCGCUGUGUGUCGACCGACGGAAGUGCGUCGGCCAAUGGUUUCUCCUUUUCAUUGACCGAAGAUCAGCAACAGAUGCUGGAUAUGGCCAAGAAGUUUACCCGCGAAGAGAUCAUUCCGAAGGCCAGACAUCACGACGAGACCGGCGAAUAUCCGAUUGAAAUCAUUAAGAAAGCGCACGGUUUGGGUCUUAUGACGACCAGUAUUCCCGAGAAGUACGGCGGACAGGGUUUGUCACUAUUUGAUCACUGUUUAGUUGAUGAAACAGUUGCCUACGGCUGCACUGGUAUUGGGACAGCAAUGACGGCCAAUGCAUUAGGUCAGGCGCCGGUCCUGUUGUUCGGUAAUGAAGAGCAAAAGAAAGAGUAUUUAGGCCGAUGUACUGCCGAACCUGUCAUGUGUUGCUACGCUGUGACCGAACCGGGAGCGGGCAGCGAUGUGGCCGGAGUCCGAACAAAAGCCGAAAAGAAUAAGGACGGAGACUUUAUUUUGAACGGACAGAAAAUGUGGAUCACUAAUGCAGGUCAUGCCAACUGGAUGUUUGUGUUGGCCCGAACUAAUCCAGACCCUAAAGCCAAGACCAGCGAAGCAUUUACGGGAUUUAUUGUAGAUAGCAGUACACCGGGAGUUAUUGUUGGCCGCAAAGAGUGGAAUUUGGGUCAGAGAUGUUCGGACACGCGGGGCAUCACCUUUGAGAAUGUGAUUGUUCCUAAAGAGAACGUUCUCGGAUCAGAAGGCAAAGGUUUUCGCAUAGCUAUGGGUGCCUUUGAUCUGACUCGACCUCCAGUUGCUGCCGGUGCCGUCGGAUUAGCACAACGGGCGAUGGACGAGGCAACCAAAUAUGCAUUUGAAAGGAAAACGUUUGGUGUGCCGAUUGCCGCUCAUCAGGCCAUUCAGUUUAUGUUAGCCGAUAUGGCUAUUGGUAUCGAAACGGCCCGUAUGGCGUAUUUGCGUAGUGCGUGGGAGUUUGACCAGGGUAGAAGGAAUACAUACUGGGCAUCAAUUGCCAAAUGUUUAGCCGGAGAUGUGGCCAACAAGUCUGCUGCCGAUGCCGUACAGAUCUUUGGCGGCGCCGGCUUUAAUAGCGAAUAUCCCGUCGAAAAGCUGAUGAGAGACGCAAAGAUUUUCCAGAUAUAUGAGGGAACCGCUCAGAUUCAAAGAGUUAUCAUCGCUAGAGAGCAUCUGACUAAUGCAAAGUCUAACUUAUAGACCAUCGAUUGCUCUUUAAUUUAACAUUUUUUAGAUCAAUUUAUACACACGUAUUAUACUUUUAACAUAUUUUUUUAUACAGUAAAAUAACUGUAUAUGCUAUACAAUAUGUAUAGUCAAAUGGUUUUAUUAUUAUAAAAUUAAUUUAUAAAAUCUAAUUAAUUA